GCUGGAUUAUGAUUAAGCGGUGUGAUAAUGUGCGAUGAAUCUCCCUGUUCGAUCCUGUAGCCAUGAGUCUCUCUGCCAAGAUGAUCACUACAUGUCUGGCUGCAGUUCUCAUUGUCAUCCUGGCUUUUGCUACGUUGACCCGAAAAGACGUUCUUUGUGUGGCAGUGCAGUGGCAGGACAAACAGAAACCAGCAGCCGUGCAAACACAGAAGCAUGACGAGAAGACAGCCGUACAAAGACAGGAGAGAGACGAGAAACCGACGGCGGUGCAACCACAGGAGAGAGACAAGAAGGAGAAAGACGAGAAACCGACGGCUGUGCAAUCGCAGGAGAAAGACGAGAAACCUUCGGCCCUGCAAUCGCAGGAGAAAGAUGAGAAACCAACGGCUGUGCAAUCGCAGGAGAAAGACGAGAAAACAGUAGCAAAACAGUCAGGGUGCUUGUUCCCAUUGGUGGUGCACAUAGGUCCACACAAGACUGGUACGACCACCUUCCAAACCUUCCUAAUCAAAAACGCCGAAUGGCUCUGGAAAGAAUAUGGCAUAUCCGUGGCUGCAAAUGAGGGUGUUAAGGCGGCUGCCUACAUCCCAAGCACAAUCAGGCAACAACAUGGCCUACAGCAUAACCCAAAGUUUGCGGAUCCAAAAAAGAUGCAGGAGCUGUUCCAGACCAUUGGCACCAUGCCUGCAAACUCUCCCGUGAUUUUGUCGUCGGAGGAGUUCUCCACAUUGGGCACAGCCGAGUGGAAUGAUUUCAAGAGCCAAAUUGCCAUUCAAAAGCGGUGUGUGUCCAUUGUAGUUGUGCAUCGGCGAGGUUUGAACUUGCGGGCGUCCAUUUGGAAUGAAGUCAACAAGAAUAGCAUCUCGCCGGACUCUUUUCUCAUCUCGUUGUUGAGGAGGAACGGUGGAGAGGAGGAGUUUCAGCUUAAAGUGCUAGACACCGUCAGGUCGAUUGCUGAUUCGGUGGAAGGUGUGUCCUAUGAAUAUUUGCGUGAGGCCAACUACAGCAUAGCGAGUUUUACGGUUUGCAAUGCCACAUUGCGGCUGGAAGGUAGCAAGUGGGAGUUGUGCAAGACAAGUGUGGAGCUCCGCAUGCCGGGGAUUCAGAAUCCAUCUGCACCGCCCGCAGCCUUUGAUGUAGUUCGCUUGGCAUAUGGCUUGUACACCAGGCAAAAAGCUGCUAACUAUCCCAGGUGCAGGAAGAAGUUUGCUGUGCGAGCCUACAAGAACUCGGCUGUUCUGAGAGUGGCUGAGCAGAUGCCCACACUCUGUGGCAGUCUCAACGAGGCUUUCUCACAUGUGGAUGAACUUUGGUACAACCGGACCGGAGCCCUCAAACCCGAAGGAGCUGACGACGAGAACGAGAACCAGUCUGAUCAACGCCUCGGAACCUUUGGGCAUCUGCAGCAUCCGGACGUCUCAUUUGGAGUGAAGAGCUGGUCAACAGACGAGGACGCAAGCAGGAACGAGGUCGACUCCACCGUCUUCCGUCCCGACGUCGACCUUCCCCGAUCGACGAGACAUUCGAUCGGUGCCGAAUGAGAUGAACGAGCAGUGAAAUGCUUAGAUGAAGCCUGUGGCCCCUGGUAACAAAUGUUCCA